GGAGGGCGCGCAGUAAACGACACAUAAUGCACAGCGAGUAACGAGAACGUAAGCUGUCAGUGUCCUGAGCUACACACAGAUCUCAUUAAAGGAUUUCAAGCUUUGUUUUGUCAAGCUUUGAGACAAUAAGAAACAGAGAGCAGAGCAGAGAGGGAGAGAACUGCACAGUUGUUCAGGAAGAGCAAUAAAUCAUCUGAUGUGUCGACCGUCGCAGCACAGUGUGUGUGGAGCCUGACAUUCCUCGCAGGGCUGUGCGCGAUCGUCCCUCCUGUUUUCUGACCAUUAUCACUGCGCCUGCUUCAUUGGCGAGCGUGCGUUUGGACAUCUAACCCCCUCCAGCCCCCACCCCUCCACUUCCUGAGGCCCGUCGCCACGACAACCAUGGACUGCGGAUUGCGUCUGCCGCCCGUCAUUGAGGAGGUCUUAGAUCCUGCAGAUGAUGUUUGUGACUUGAAAGUGGAGCGGCCGGGAAUAGGCAGCGAAAUGACGGCCAAAGAGCGAGGCUCACUGGAGGACAACGAAGAGAGAGACCAGGAGGAGGUGGAGGCUGGAAACGGAGAGAAGGGGCAGGAGGAUGAGAGGGAGAAGAAGGAGGAGACGGCAGUGGAGGAGAAGGAAGGAGACAGAGAGGAGCAGAGAGAAGUGGAUGAUGAAGAUGAGCUGGAGGUGCUGAGGUCUCAGGUGGUGCAGCUGCUCCUGGAGCUGGAGGAGACCAGAGAGGUGUCACAACGACACGAGGAGAGCUACAACGAGCUUCAGGGUCUUUUGGAAGAAGAGCGUCUGGCGAGCGCCCACCAGGCCGAGAGCUUUACGAGACAGAUCCAGAGACUUCAAGCUCAGCUGCGUUCGGUGCAGGAGGAGCUGGACAGUCUUGAGGAGGAGAAGGCCAGCGAGCUGUGGGAGGCGCAGGAGGAGCUGCGGGCGGCGCAGGAGGAGGUGCAGGAGCUGCAGCAGGCGGCGGAGGAGGCCGCGGCCGAGCGGGAGAAUGAUAUCGCCCUGCUGCAGGAGGAACUGUGCCGCCUGCGCGCCGAACUGGAGCGUCUGCGCGGCACCACGCAGGAGUACGAGCUGGAGCUCACCACGCUGCGGGCCGAGAUCAGCAUGAAGAACCAGUGCAGGGAAGAGCAGGAGAAUGCUGGAGGAGAAGGUGACGUGGACCAGCUGAUUGAGGAGUGUCGCUCCUUGAAGGACGUGUGUCAGACUCUAAAGAACGACAACAAGCAGCUUUCUGAGAAAGUGGAGAUGCUGGAGCAGCAGCGAGCCAGCUCAGCUGAUUCAUGCCUGGUGCUGAAAGUAGAACAGAAUGAUGGGGAAAAUGACACAGAGAAAGAUGCAGAGAAGGAGGUGACAGCUGAGGGUUUCAUCAGCACGUUGGAAGUUGAAGGUGGAAAAUGGGCAGACGCUUAUACCCAAAAGAACAUCUCGUUUGAGGGCAAACCCGUCACCCCGGCGGGCUUGAGUGGAGGGUUUCAGGAGGUGUUCUCCCUCAGAGACCAGCUGAAACAGGCCGAGGAGAAAGCAUCACAGGUCCAGAGAGAGUGUGAGGGACUAAAAGGAGAGCUUCUGGAACUGCAGGGGCUGUAUGAGAGCAGCCAGAGGGAGAGGGCGGAGCUAGAGGCGGAGCUUCAGCACUGCAGGGCGGAGCUUGAUCGGCUGGCGGGGCGGAAGGCUCAGAGCUCCACUCCUUCGUCUGAGUGCCCUAUUCUCUCCAUACCCUUCAUAGGAAUGGUUGUAAUAAUGGGCCUGAUAUGGUGCUGCUGGAAGGAGCUCUUGUCCUAAAGGGGGAAAGGAGAGUGAGGGAGACUGGAACCUGGUGAUGGUUGUUGCAGUUGCAGCAGCAGCAGUCCUUCUCAUUCCCAGCUUCACCAGAGCUCUGGCCUGAGCGCUGGACAUCAUCCCUCUCUGCCCAUGGUACGCACUUCUCUCACCCCGAGCACACUCAACCACCAACGGACCUGAAACCAUCACUCGCCUGGGACAUACGGGAUCACAAUAACACAUGGCUUCCAAACUCGCCGCUUUUUGGUGUACAUUGUGACGCUGGUUGUUUGCCGUCUCUCUUUGCUCUGCUUUUGUAGACAAUCAUAUCCGUUUCGACCAGCAGUGCUACAAACACCGACGCCAUGCCGUGGGUUUUUAAAGGGUCAGAAUGGAGGACGGCUUUGAGAGCUUCUGAUUGCUUUGACUCCCCGCUUUCCAUUCCAUCAGUAGUUUUCUCUUUCCCAAAACUAUUUGCCUUAUCACUUUACGAUAGAGCGUUACACAUUUUACCUCUAUAAAACAGAUUCCAGACCUCUUGGGGACCGAAGAGGACACCGUUCUUCAUCAACAAUGCUUUGGAUGCAGCAUAUUGCUUUGUGCUUCGUUGCUUUUCGAUUAGGUAGGAGCAUGCACUGCUUAUUUAAUCUUCCUGGAUCUUCCCAUUUUUGAAUGAUCAAGUAGUCUCGAUACUAUCAGAAAUCGUUUGUGUUUAGGUUCAGUAAGAGAGAACUUCUUUCACUUUCGACCACAGCAUGUUCUCUUUGGUUUCUAACUCAAAAACUCUGUAGUUAACUGUACAGUACUUCUCUAUAUGCUAGCAAAGGAGAAUACUUGCGUGAUGCAUACCGUUUGUCAUUUUUACAUUCAUUUUGGAGUUUGAAUAUUCCAGGUGGUUUAAGGUUAUUCCAGCAGGUAACCGUGCUUACUACAGAUAUUUUUGUAUCUGAAUUGUUUAUUCCAAGACAUGAAAUUUGUAGACUGAUUUUGUGUGUGUAGAUUGAUAAAUGAUGCUAAAGAGUGAUAGAUAUUUUUAUACAAGGAUUGAACAAUGUAUAAGCUAAAAGAACACUAAAAGAACUCUGAAACAAGUGUAUUGAACAAGCACAGAUCUACUGUAAUUCCAUGAUGCAUUGAUGAUUAUUUGCAUUUUUAUUUAUUUUAUUUUUUUUGCAUGUUUGCAAUGAAAAAACACAGAUGACUUACAUAUCUAUACAAUCUCCACUCUGCGAGGAAGUAACAUUUUUACAGAAAUAACAAAAUGUCAUGAUCUGGUGGUUCUCAACUGGUGCCGGGACCCAAAAAUAAAUCGCAGGUUAUUUAUUUCAGGAAAAACAAUCCUAAUAAUGAAGUUGAAAUACUGUAGCAAAAUGAAAAAUGCACAUUAAGACCUAAAAACCUUUUGUAGUCAGUAAAUCUUCCCAAAUCAUAUCAUGCAUAUCAUUGGACCUAUGCACUUCACGCUAAUAUUAAUGUUUGAGAUUUUUUAAAAUAAAUAAAACGAUUUUUGGUGUAGUGGUGUAUUUGGUUGCCACAGUUGAGAACUGCUGUCAUAAACCCUUACAGAAAAACAUAACAAAGAUGUUUCUUGCAAUGCAAUUCAAAUCUGUAGCAUAAAUAGCACAAAUUGAUUAUCUAGCUAAUAAUAGUGCUAGAAGCAGAAACUUCCAUACUGCCUUUCACCAAAAAAGUUAUAAUUAUAAUAAAUCUUAAGUCUUAAAUUAUGUAUAUUUCACUAAAUACGUUUAAAACUGAGAAAUAUAUACUUAUAUGUAGCUUUUUACAUCAGAGAUCACAAUUUUAAGGUCUUCGUAUGGAUUAUUACAGACGUACCUUCCAGUAUGAAGAUUAAUAAUAGUGUCACUAAACUCAUAAUUGAAUGAUUCCAGAAAAAUGAAUGCAUUAAGCCUUGAGGUACUAUUGUUAUGAACAGAAUCUAUGACUUUGAACGUACAGUAUCUAUAGCUAUAUAACCGUUUCUGGUAUACACACAAAUUGUCUUCACCUGAUGUCUUUUGGUGUCAUUUUCAACGAGCUGCACUAAGUAUACUUCUUAUCAAAGUGACUAAAUCGUAGUAGACAUACGUGCUUGUAGACGACUGACUAGCGCUGUGGCAGUGAUCUUUGUAGUGUGGUUUUAAGACCCGGCAUUAGUCUUUUGGGAGUAUCUGCAGCAUCCCAAGGUCCUUCCAGUGCCGUUUUCUGCGACCCCGUUGAUAGACUCAGAACUCAGUGGUAGCACAACUGAAUGUUCAAUGUUUCAGUGGUCAGCUGACUUUCUAUGAGACGGUGCAUGCUACACAGUGAUUCGUCUUUGAAAUAAAUAUGCUAUUUGUCCUGCACUGCAUCGGAAGGUUUCUAACUUUGAUGAAAACUUCGACAUCGGAAGGAGCGAGUUUCUUUUACCCCCACACUCAGCUCUUGUAAAUGAUGUAAUAUGUACAGACUGUGUAUUUGCAUGUCUGUGGAAGUAUAUUCUGCAUGCUGAGUGAUAGAAACCAGUGGUAGAUUUUAGCUCCUGUGACAAUUUCGUGUGCCGUUAAGGUUUGCAUGUUUUGUCCAAAUCCAAAUUUACCAAGUUUUUAAACGUUUCGUUUUUGUUUUGCGUUGAAGACCGCUGUCAUAUAGGUUCUCUUUUAAUUUGUUUUAUCUGUUCGUUUUUUUGCUGUGAAUGACACCGUUAUGAUUUUAAAUUGUCCAGGGUAAUAUGCAAUCAGAGUAAUUAGCUACUUCUGGAAAGUAGCCCAGGCUUUCUCCAUAUGGACCUUAUUGUGAACUAUUGCUCAAAAUAAUUUACUUUAUCAAUGAAUUUCGAAUGUCUCAUGUUGUCUCUUAUUUAAAGGAAUAGCCCCCCCUCCCCAUCAGGGCUCAAACCAUCCAAGAUAUAGAAUCGAUAAUCUCCAGUGAAUGGGUGCAGUCAAAUUUGGAGUCCAUACGACUGAUAAAAACAUGACAAUAAUCCUAAAGGAUAACUGUAAUUGAUCGAUUAUGGUCUUGUGAAGUAAAAAGGACUUAGUAAAAGUAAUAGUAUCAAAUUUAUCCCGAUAAAC